CCGAAAAUUGAAAGAUCCAACCGAUAAACCGAACUUAUUUUGGUUCGGUAUCGGUUGCAGAAACCGAAAACCGACAAGCCUUUAUUUAGCGGGAAAUAAGGAAUGGAAAGCAUUUGAGCGGGAAUAAAUAACAAGUGAGGCUUUAGUAUAAAAGGAAACCCUAGAGUAACGAAGAGUAGUGCACAACGAAGGAGAAGAAGAAAGACUGUUAAGAGAGCUAGGCAUUUGCUACAUCAGUAGGGAGUCACCAGUUAACUGCUUUAAAAUGGCUGACAAGCAAGAAUCUAAGAUUCUAUUGAAGCUUUUGGUGGACAAAAAGAAGGAUCAAGUUGUUGCAGCUGAAGCCAAAGUAGAUUUUAUGGACAUACUCGUUAGCCUUCUCACUUUACUACUGGGAACAAUAAUACGACUCAUUAAAGCAGAGGCUGGAGUUGUUGGUUGUAUGAACAACUUGUACCAAAGUGUUGAAAACCUCAGUGAGGAAGAUCUGUUCAUAGAGCAAUGCAAAACCAUGCUGCUAAAUCCAAGAAAUCCCUAUCCAAAGUAUUGCAUGAGGUUAAAAAUGCACGUAGAUGAUACCGUCUUCGAGAAGUAUUAUGAGUGUUCAGAUUGCUCAAAGCACAGCUAUUUCAUGAAUGUUGCGUGCUCAUGUGAAGGGAAGUUUACGAAAGAGAAGUUUCUGAAAAAUUCAGUUGAAAAUACUGUUGGCGACGAGUAUGUCUUUCUCAAAGGAGGGAUAUCAUUUUUAAUCACUGAUGAUUUGCAAGUCAAAUGUGCUUCUCCAAGCUCUCUUGUUCAGAUUCUUUCUAAUGUCGGCCUGAGUGAUAUGAAUCAGGUUGAGGAAAUGCAUGUUGAAGUUGGCAAGAAUGAGGUGAUUCAUCUACUUGCUCGUUCAUUUAUCUCAAAGACUCCUUUGUCUGAUGUGUUUCUGCCCAAGCAAAAACAAAAAAGAGCAAGAGUAGACACUAUCUCAAUGUCGGAGUUUGGAAUUUUGUCAUCCAUUUCUGAAAAUGGAGCCAGUAAUAACACCUAGAACAUAGAGCUGAAGAUAACACUAAGGAAGUCUACAAACAAGGUCUUGUGUGCAGAGGCAGGCAAUGAAUUCGUUGAUUUUCUCUUCAAUUUCUUGACCAUUCCUAUAGGAUCAAUUGAAGAUGCUCUAAAGGGGAUUUCUGGGCUGGAAUGCAUUGAUAACUUCUAUAAAAGUGUGGAGAUUUUAGAUUCGAAAUGGUUCAAUACGCCUCCAAAAAGGAAUUGUUACAGAAGUGAGGAGAAUCUUAACGACAACCUGAAAACGAUAUUACUCAAGCCCGGUAUUGCCCCUCACCAUAAAUCUGAGUAUCAGCUGCUGCAGAUUUCUGAAGCAAAAUCAGAAAUUUAUAACUUGUAUGAUCCAAGGUAUUAUGAUUUUCUAAGGAAUAGUUAUCGUCACAAGUUUCAAAAGUUUGCGAAGGAACCCUCCCUUUUCUACGUUAUGGACAAUUUGGAAGUGAGACCUUUGUCUUCUACAUCAACUAUUUGCUUACUCCAAGAACUGAAUGUGCCCAUGAAUGAUAUUGAAGAGCAAAUGAUCAGUGUUGGCGAGUCGGAAGCAUUGAGCUUGCUAAAGGCCUCUUUAACAUCAUCAUCAUCAGCUUUGACAGAGGGCCUAAAUCACAAGUUGAAGAAGCAGAUAGACGAAGAUGUGAAGUGUAACUUGAAGAAACUUCCUCGGGCUGGUUAGCAAACACAUAGAUAACUCUGUGUCCCCUGUACGUCAAAUCCUUGAUGCAGAGUCAGGUGUUUUCAGAUUGAAUUAGAUAUGGAUCACUUAUUUGUAGUUUUAUUAUUUCACCAGUUUUAGAGGUUUCCUCAAUAGAUGAUUAGUCCAUGAAGUUAAUUUUCUCCUAUUGGUAAGAGGGUAAUUCUAUUUCCCUGGAAUAGUUGCAAGCCACUCUAAAAGUAACUUCAGGGCUCAGUUUUUCCUGCCUCAUGGUGAAUCUUUAUAUUGUCCACCUAAUCUUAGUACUGUUUUUAUUUCUUC